AUGAACAUCAGCGAGGACAUCAUACCACCCACAGUUGAUGGAUCACAUGCACGUCUCACUUCAUCGUCUCCACCAUCCGAGUCGCAAUCACAGGCAUCACCAGACAACACAGUCCUCGCGGACGCUGAAUUCGAGGAAUAUGUCAAGCAAUACCCAUUUGCAGCAGAACCAACAUACUUCACCCGACCUAAUCGCUACUAUGGCUCAGCUUCAACAUGGCGGUCUUGGACAGCAGGAGAUCGUGCCGUAACGGAUGUGCUCGAUCUCAAACGUGCAAGCGAUCUUGGCAUACACGCCUACAAUGCUUUCGCCCUGAAGCAGCGUGCGAGGGGAAACUCUCCAAGCCGUAGAUCAAGGUCACGGAGUCGAUCACAUCAGAUAGCUGAGCAAUUUACUCCUACCGAGGUAUGGACUGCGUGGCCUAUGCGUGGCAAGCAUGUUCCUCGAGAAGACUUACCAGAGCGGAAGGUGCCAAGUCCAAGUGCGGUACUCGAGGAGGCUUUGAUUGCGACAACACUUAGAUUUGCGAAUGAACGAUGGAACAGCAGGAAUUGGGCUCCAGAAAAUCCCGAGAUCAAGCCUGAGAAGAGAGAUUGGCAGGUUGAGCAGAUGUCUACGCAAAGACAACUACACAAUGCUGGGCUGACAGGCGGGGAUGCCUCAAAAGACGAGACAAGAACCAGUGAUAGUACGGAAGGAAGCGAUCACGACUCGCUUGUCGAUGAUACUGAACCAGACGACCCUCUUCCUGGAGGUAUACAGACCUUCAGCUCACAAGCCUUCCUCGAGAACAAUUCCUCUAGCACUUCCGAGGAAGGACAGCUAAUCAAGUCCGACGACGACGAGGACGACAAAGCAGUCUUCUCGGUGGAUGAAGAUCAAACGCGACGUCUGUUACUUCCUUCUGCACGUCACAUCCUAUCGAAGAUUGACGACCUGCUUACAGGCCUGCGCCGAUCACGAGCGUCUUAUGCCAACCGACAGAAGGACCCUAAACCUCGAUUAUACUCAAGCUCACGUUCAGCCGCACGCGAUACCGAUGCAGAUACCACAGAUGGUGAACGUUUAGGCGCUUUCCAAGACGACAGAAAACGCAGGCGUGUAUCAAGCAGGAAUCGGGGUCGAAAGCGCAAGCGCUCACCUUCCUCCAGUGAGGAGUCAGCAGAUUCGUCGAUUCAAUUGAGAUCCAGCUCAAGACCCCGCAAAAGUUCAGGUGUCAGAGAAACAGGACACGAAAGGAGGGCGAAGGGUCCUGGUCUGAGGGAUUGGUCAGACGUCGUCGGCAUGGCAGCACUUACGGGCUGGGAUACAGUGACUGUUGCCAGAGCAAGUGAACGAUGUGCAAGGCUGUUCGGAGAAAACAUGUUAUGGAGGACAUUUCAUGAGAAGGAUACUGCACCGGCCGAACAGGUUGCAGAAGCAGGCCCGUGGUUUGGAGAGGAAGUAGCCUACGCAAACGAAGACCACGCUGGCUUAGACAAUCAGAGAGAAACAGAGCAGAAUCUUCCUGGGAUCAGUGGUUAUCAGCCUCGUCAAUCGCAGCCACUCGAGUUAGCAGAAAUUACAGGACUGCCCAUAUUUGGCCACAUGUUCGAGAUUACGUCACUCAGGUGUCCCAUCGCUACUUGUCCACAGAGCAAGUUCGUAUACAGCAGACGUACUAGGCUGUACCAACAUAUCGGAUAUGCACAUCCAGAUUUCGACUUAGCCAGCUUCAAAAAGAUUGUCGGGCGCAACAGCAAGAGAGGCAGAUACGAUAGGAGCCAGAUGCGCUCAAGGAGUCGGCCAAGGACUCAGACGGAGUAUCAGGCUAGCCAAGGAGAAGGUCACGAAUUGCAAGAAAACUACGAGCAGCAAGACGAUUAUGAAGCUGCAAGUCCUCCUAUUUAG